AGCUUCGGCGGCUGCGGGGGCGCAGCUUCCUCCGGCGGGGGCCUUCGCGUCGGCGACUGCGGCCGCGGGGCCUCUCCUGCGCUCCCAGGGUCACCGUCCCCGAAGCCCGGCAGCGCGGCCCUCGUCCCCCUCCCUGCCCCCGGUCCGUCUCCUAUCUCCCUUCAGCCGCCCUCCUCACCGCCGCCUCUGCGGUUCCUCAGGCGGCCCGGCCCGGCCCGCCCGCCCCGCGUCCCCUCCGGCCGGUGCCUCUCCCCCCGGCGGGCUGCCUGCAUGUCUUUGCUGCCCUCAGCCCCGCCGCCACCGCCGCCACCGCCUCCCCCGCCGCCGCAGCUCCAGCACCAGCCGCCCCGCCGCCGCCGCCGCCGUCGCCGCCCGGACCCCGGCGCGCUGAAUGCAGACUAAUAGGGAUGCCAAAGGAAAAAUAUGACCCUCCAGAUCCUCGCAGAAUUUACACCAUCAUGUCAGCAGAGGAGGUAGCCAAUGGGAAAAAAUCUCACUGGGCAGAAUUAGAAAUCUCGGGUAGAGUGCGGAGCUUAAGUACAUCACUUUGGUCAUUGACACACUUGACAGCGCUGCACCUAAAUGACAAUUACCUUAGUCGCAUUCCACCUGAUAUUGCCAAGCUUCAUAAUCUGGUUUACUUGGAUCUGUCAUCCAAUAAACUCAGAAGUUUACCAGCAGAACUAGGAAACAUGGUGUCUCUCAGGGAAUUGCUUUUAAAUGACAAUAUGUUACGGGUUUUGCCUUAUGAACUUGGUCGGCUCUUCCAGCUACAAACUCUAGGUUUGAAAGGCAAUCCUUUAUCACAGGAUAUUCUCAAUUUAUACCAGAACCCAGAUGGAACCCGAAAGCUACUGAACUUCAUGCUUGACAAUCUUGCAGUUCAUCCAGAGCAGCUUCCUCCGAGGCCAUGGAUUACAUUAAAAGAACGAGACCAAAUUCUGCCAUCAGCAUCAUUCACGGUUAUGUGUUACAAUGUGUUAUGUGAUAAAUACGCCACCCGGCAGCUAUAUGGCUAUUGCCCUUCCUGGGCAUUAAACUGGGAAUACAGGAAAAAGGGAAUUAUGGAAGAAAUUGUUAACUGUGAUGCAGAUAUCAUUAGUCUUCAGGAAGUGGAAACAGAGCAAUACUUCACUCUCUUUCUGCCAGCAUUGAAGGAGCGUGGAUAUGAUGGAUUUUUUUCUCCAAAGUCACGUGCCAAAAUCAUGUCUGAGCAGGAGAGAAAGCAUGUGGACGGUUGUGCAAUAUUCUUCAAAACAGAAAAAUUUACCUUGGUGCAGAAGCAUACAGUGGAAUUUAACCAAGUGGCAAUGGCUAAUUCAGAUGGAUCCGAAGCUAUGCUGAACAGAGUGAUGACGAAGGAUAAUAUUGGUGUUGCUGUGGUAUUAGAGGUCCACAAAGAACUAUUUGGAGCAGGUAUGAAGCCUAUUCAUGCUGCAGACAAACAGCUGCUUAUAGUGGCAAAUGCUCACAUGCAUUGGGACCCGGAGUAUUCUGAUGUGAAACUCAUCCAGACCAUGAUGUUUGUCUCAGAGGUUAAAAACAUUCUGGAGAAAGCCUCUAGUAGGCCUGGCAGCCCAACCGCAGAUCCUAAUUCCAUCCCGCUGGUGCUAUGUGCAGAUCUUAACUCAUUGCCAGAUUCAGGUGUUGUGGAAUAUUUAAGCAAUGGAGGAGUAGCUGACAACCAUAAAGACUUCAAGGAGCUAAGGUACAAUGAGUGUCUUAUGAACUUCAGCUGCAAUGGAAAGAAUGGAAGCUCAGAAGGGAGAAUCACACAUGGCUUCCAACUAAAGAGCGCCUAUGAAAAUAACUUGAUGCCUUACACCAAUUACACCUUUGAUUUCAAAGGCGUGAUUGACUACAUUUUCUAUUCCAAGACUCAUAUGAACGUGCUUGGUGUCCUGGGGCCUUUAGAUCCUCAAUGGCUGGUUGAGAACAACAUCACUGGGUGUCCACACCCUCACAUCCCUUCAGACCACUUCUCACUGUUAACACAACUUGAACUCCACCCUCCACUCCUGCCUCUUGUCAAUGGUGUUCACUUGCCUAAUCGGAGGUAGUGGAGUCCUGCCCCGCAAAGACGGGGAUCUGUUGCUAUGGACCUGUACAGUUGUAAAUCAAAGUAUGUAGGAGUGAAGUAUGGCCAUCCUUAAGCUGCUUCUUCGGGUUCCUUUAUGUGUUUGCUAUAAGAUUUUGUACAUUUUUGUGCAUAUUGGUAUCAUUUGGCACUAGGGCUGGAACCAAAGUAUUACUCUCUUUCCAAAAUUUUAAUUUAACAUGUUUUUAAGUUGGACCUUCUUUAUAUUAUAUUAGCAGUCAGUAUUCAUAAUUGAUAAAUCACCAAUUCGAGGCCCAACAACAAUGUAUUUGUUUUUUUCAAAACAAAUACUGUCCUUUAAAUGGUUUCAAAUAAGCCAACCAUUUUUGUAAAAGUCCUUUUAAAAAACUGUAAGAUUUUAAACUGGAGCAUGCCUUUUAGGGAAAACUUUUUUGAAUUAUAACAAACUGAUUUUUGGCUCCCUGAGUCAUUUGCACAUUUACAAAGCACUUAAAUUUGCUAGAUCUGUACUUAAGCAAUGAUAUAGCUUCUAGCCAUAAUAGGAAAAAUUGAGGAAUUAAAGAUGGUUGCACAAUAUGCUUUCAAAAUCAAGCAUUUAACAGCACAUGACAGUUUGUUAGGCUAACGCUGGUUGGUUUUUUGUUCUGUUUUGUUUUUUUGAGGAAUCACUCUGUAUUUUGUUCCUCUAUUAUAGCCUUAUUGGAAGUAUUCUAAGUCUCUCUCUACAGUUUAUUUAUAGGGAAACAGCAGAUAAUUUCUAUUGCCACACAUCUUGAAAAUACAAUUUGGUGUCUUUAGGAUGCCCUCAAAAAUAGUGUCCAGUAUUUUUCAUUAUUCCCGUUUUUCUGUUUGGUUGUGCUGGAAAAACAGAUACAUAUGAUCUAUGUCAUUUUUGCUUUUAUAGUCAAAUGUUAAAAAAAUAACUAUGGAAUGAAAAGGCCCUCAUCAAAGUUUUAGAAGGGGAAAGCUAUAUACAGAUAUUUCAUGGGUUUCCCAAAGUAGGUCAGGUGGCUGUUGGUUUUGGCUUUUUGAGGUGACAGUGGAAAGAAUUUGGGGGAGAGAGGAAACAGGGAGUCAUUGAAAACCUUGGAUCAUUUUUCCUGACUCUAGUUGCCAAAUGGCCAUUAUAUGCUUUUAAUCUUUGUUUCCGUUGUCUGUCAGGGUUGAAUUAAGAAGCUACUGGUUUAUUCCCAACUGUUGAUGCUCUUUAGAUAUGUUGGAAUCCUUUUUUUGCCCAGGAGGGUCCAGUUGAAAAUCUGUGACUCGAGGCAAUGAAGGUAAUACCGUUUUCUGGGGGAAAAAAUUGGUUAGCUACUUGAUGUUAAUUAUGGCACAGUAACAGGAAAAGGUUGUGUCUGUGUUUUUAAGUUUUUCUUUAUUCUGCUUUUUUGCUGCUAUAAGAGUUUUCUGAAAUUUAUAUUUUAAACUUUUCAUGCACUUUACUGUUUCUAGUCUCAAAAUGUGAUAUUUUUAAUAAACAAGAAAUUUUCCAUUAUGUGAAUGAAAUUUUAAAAGAAAAUAGCCUAUAUUUGUGUCUCACUAAUAUAUAAAGUACAGGUCAAAUUUAAAUUAUUUAAUUAGUUUUAAAUAUAUACAAUUUCUUUCAAACCUGACAUUUUAGGCUGUUCUAUUAGUCUUAAAUGAUGCUUUUCCUUUGGUCAUUUUAUACUGAUUUCUUCCAUAAUAAAUUAAUCAGGCUAUAUAAUGUAAUAUUUCCCCUGAAGGGUAAUUUUAGUGGGAUGAGUGUGGUGGGAUGAUGUUAAAUCGUAUGGGAUUGCAUCAGAAGGUUUCUGUAAAGCCUAAACUCCCUUUUAAAAGUGCCUAGUGAUGAGGCAUUGUUUGUCAUCUAUUAUAAUUGGAAUGUCAUUGUAGUUGAGUGAAGUUUGAUGUAAAUAAAGUAUUCUUUUAAAAAUGUUAAAGUACCAGAAUAAACAAACAUACAAAGAAACAACCCUUAAGAUGACAGAUUUUCCUCAAUGUGCAGGUAUCCCUUCUUAUAUACCUCAAGCAUUCAACAUCUAGCCAUGCAAAUUGAUUACCUGAAGCAUAGUACUGGAAAGUAGAAUAGCAUGAAAAACUUAAUUUUGUGGACAUUACCUUUUUUUGUAAUCAGCUACUGUAUAUUUUAUUUUAAGUCUUUUAUUUUGGGUGGGUUUUCUGCUCUGGAGGUAUAUGCACUAACAAAACAUUUUCCUCCUUUCAUAUACGCAUGUUGAUUAGCAAUGUGAGCAAUAUUUCCUACCAUACUUCACUCCCAGUAUUUUUUGAGAUGUUUGUAUAAAAUGGAAUUUAAAGUUUCACUUAUGAUUGUAUAUGAACCACAGAGGAGCCCAUUUAUUAAUAAAAAAACUUUUUUAAUGGUUUAAUGUAGAGGGAAAAAUAAAAACAAUUGGGAAACAUUGUAAACAGCUUAAGUUUAUUUUGUGUAUGAGCUAGGCACUCUGUUGCAGGAAGGUGUGUAAUUGGGUUCUCUCUGCUUCCAAAUGCACUCUUUCAAACCAUUCAUAAUCCUGUGUAUUUUUAAUGUGGUUUUAGUAAAUGUUGGUGGUAGCUCUGUUGAAGUGGGUAAUUGUGUUAUGUUUUGGGUGGCACACACACUUGGGGCAUGGUAACCCAAAUUUCAUGUGCACGGUUUCCCUUUAGCCCACUGCCCGAAUUUCAGACACCCUUUACCCUUUGUUCCCUUUGUAAAAGGAGUGGUAUCUGUUUUGAGCUGCCAAUUCAGAUGAUCAGAAAUGCUGCUCUCCUCAGUAUUGUCUUGUUAAAACACAUGCCAUUCGGAACUUUGGCAGUGAGAAGCCAAAAGGAAGAGGUGAAUGACAUAUGGUUUAUGCUCAAUGAAAGUAAAAUAUUUAUGCUCAUAUACUUUCUAGUUCUUGGAAUAAGUUAAUAAGCUUUAUGCCAUAGGGCUGCUGCAUAUUUUAUCUGAAGAUAAAAGAAAAUGUGGGCAUUUUCAGAUUGUGAUAAUGUGCUUUUUUUUUUUACUGUUAAAUAUGAUUUCUGAUAUUUAUCGAAGAACUGGAGUGUUCUUUCAAUUUAUUAAAACAGUGUUGUUUGAGGAAGGGAAAACCGCACUGUUUGCCAUUCCAACAGUCAUGCGAAUGCGUGUCAGUCAAGUCACCCGCUCUCUCAGGCAUCAGAACCUGCCUCAUAGCUUUACAUCUGAUGGGGAAUCGCAGCAUCCUCAGGACUGACAUCUGGGAAAGGCUCACAUCCACUUACUGCUCCUUGCUUGUUGACUUUGUUUUAAAAUAUUGUGCCUGGUGUCAACUUUUAAGCAACAGCACUGCCUAAAAGCAAGCAGAGAACAGAAUCCCAGCACCAUUCUAGACGCAACUUUUUAGAAUUCAGAUAUAGUAAAUCUGUUCAAGAUUUAUGAUGUUUUAUGUAAAAAAAAUUUUGUACAAUGUAGCUGAAUAUUUUUGUUUCAUUUCUUUGAUGUAAGGCGUGUGAACGUUUGUUUGAAUAUCACGUUACAGUCAGGUAUGGCACAAUGGGUUCUGAGACCAGCUUUCCCCCUCCCAUUUGCCUUGUUCCAAGCUCUUUGUUUUCAAAUUACUUUUCUGAUAUUAAUAGGCAAAUAUUUAAUUUUACUAAUAAGCAUCCUGUGUGAAUGUAUUAAAGAAGCCACUGUGUUUUAGUGUUGUAGUUUGCAGAAAUAUAAAGCUUCAUUUCUAAUUUGUCCCAAUUCUUUGGUGUCUUAGUUAUAUAUUAAAUCACAGAAAAGCAAGGGAGAAAGUUGAAAGAUAUCUAAGGCUCAUAUCACUUGAUUCUAUGGUAGGUUAUAUUAGAAUUGAGGAUGUGGCACAUUAAAACUGGAACAUGGGCAAGCAUGGUGUUCCAUUUUAAAAUUGCAUCUCCUAAGUAUAUACUGUUAAAUAGGUGACAAAGUCAAGUUAGUAUUUGCAUUUCCAAGAGUCAUUAAAAUCACUAAUACCAUCUAUAAUUUCAAAUCAAAUAGCAAGGAGUAGAGAAAGCACAAGAAAAAGUAGGUUAAAUGUGUUCUUUGAUGGAAUCAGAGGCAUAUGGUUCAUCAUUCCUAAUCCAAGGCUAGAUUUUCUAGCAAUAAGAAUUGUGUCCUAAUAUUUAUUUGUUUCUAAGUUCUCAUAUUCUCAGUUUCUGAGGGAUUUUAAUAACUUUGUAAAACGUACUGACCAGUAGCUUCAGUCACAGAAAACAUCAUGUCUUUCUGAUACCUUUGGCAGGCCGUAACAAUAAUGGUUUUUAGCAAGCAAAGACUUUAUGGCACAUUUUCAAAAUAGCACUCAUCUAUCUAUAUUUAUAUUUUGACAGAAAUGUGAAUUCUCACACUGGUAAUGUAGUCUCUUUCUCUCUCACCUGCCUCCCCCCCCCCUUUUUUUUUUUAAAAAAAAUCACCUUUCUGAAUGUGUGGAAGAUUUGUUUAACCUUUUCCUUCUGAAUUGUAUCAUGUUUGUAGAACUCUGCAUUAUAGGUAGACAAAUUAAGUAGGGAAAUUAGAAAAUUUUUCUAAGCCAGAAACUUCAACUAAAGUUUUGAAAUUGUACACAGAUGAGAAUUUUUAUACUUAGGGUUGCUUUGGGUGCUUUAAAUUUAUAACAGUAUCAUGAUCACCAGAUUGAAUUCAAACAUAAGUAAAUUAACACAUCUUUAACCUGGCCUAUUUAUCAAAAUUGUAAUAUGUUUAAGAACAGGAUGCCAAGAGCAUCUUUAAUUUUACAGAAUGAUGUGCAAAUCUUUAUUGUAUAAAUGUCACCUUUAAAAUUCAAGGGUCAAAAGAAAAAAAGAAAACCUUUAUACCUAUACUGUAGGGUAUUCUGAACAAGAUCCACAAGAAAGAAAAAGG